UCUGCUCCCAGGACCCCCCAGCUCUGCCCCCCAGCUCCACCCCCCGGACGCCCCCCAGCGCCUGGGACCCCCAGUGACCCCCCUGCCUUGCUCCCCAUAUCCAGGGCCCAGCCAGGCAGAGGGCCCCUGACUCCCCUGAGAUCCCCUGCACUGACCCUUCCUAGGGUCCCCCCCAGCCCCCGACCAUGGCGCAGUACAAGGGGGCGGCCAGCGAGGCCGGUCGGGCCCUGCAGCUGAUGAAGAAGCGGGAGCGGCAGCGGGAGCACAUGGAGCAGAUGAGGCAGCGCAUCGCGGAGGAGAACAUCAUGAAGUCGAACAUCGAUAAGAAGUUCUCAGCUCAUUACGACGCAGUGGAAGCAGAACUGAAAUCCAGCACCGUGGGUCUGGUGACCCUGAAUGACAUGAAGGCCAAGCAGGAGGCGCUGGUGAAGGAGCGGGAGAAGCAGCUGGCCAAGAAGGAGCAGUCCAAGGAGCUGCAGCUGAAGCUGGAACGGCUGCGGGAGCGGGAGCGUAAGCAGGAGCAGAAACGGAAGAUCUCCAGCCUGUCCUUCACCUUGGACGAGGAGGAGGAUGAGGAGGAGGAUGAAGAGCAGCUGGAGGAGGAAGAGCCGGAGCUGGAGAAAGAGGAGCUGCCCCCCAAGAAGCGCAAACUGGGGAAGAAUCCAGAUGUGGACACCAGCUUCCUGCCGGAUCGGGACCGCGAGGAGGAGGAGAACCGCCUGCGUGAGGAGCUGCGCCAGGAGUGGGAGGCCAAGCAGGAGAAGAUCAAGAGUGAGGAGAUUGAAAUCACCUUCAGCUACUGGGAUGGCUCCGGCCACCGGCGCACGGUCAAGAUGAAGAAGGGAAACACCAUACAGCAGUUCCUGCAGAAAGCCCUCGAGAUCCUGCGGAAGGACUUCAGCGAACUCAGGUCAGCAGGGGUGGAGCAGCUCAUGUACAUCAAGGAGGAUCUGAUCAUCCCCCACCAUCACAGCUUCUACGACUUCAUCGUGACUAAAGCAAGAGGCAAAAGUGGGCCGCUCUUCAACUUUGAUGUUCAUGAGGACGUGAGACUCCUGAGUGAUGCCACAGUGGAGAAGGAUGAGUCCCAUGCUGGAAAGGUCGUCCUGCGCAGCUGGUACGAGAAGAACAAGCACAUCUUCCCGGCCAGCCGCUGGGAGCCCUACGACCCUGAGAAGAAGUGGGACAAGUACACAGUGAGUGGGGGAACUGCUGAGUGUGGGUUACUCCAGCUCCAGCAGUGCUGCCUGCUCCCCUCAUAAUUCUCUCUCUGUCUUCCCAGAUCCGAUGAGAGAUGGAUUCCUGCCUGUGGAGCACCCGAUGGUCAUCAAAUCUCCCCUCCUCCCCACAAAUCUCUCAGCCUGCUGGUGAAAUAAACUCUCCUCUGCUCA